UUUCCGAACCGCCCGAACACGUCAGGCAAAUCAUCGAAUUUUGAUAAACACACAAUUCCAAAGAUAAAAGUUGCAUCAAAAAAAAAGUUGGGUGUGAACGCUCCGUGUUUGUUUGAGAAUGGCAAAGAACACCUUUAGCUCGGCAUUCCGCAAAAUCGACGUAGAUGCCUACAACGAGGACAACUUCAAGGAGGAAGAACAGACGGAACAAAAGGUCGGACCGGACGAGAACGAGGUGACUAAUAUGCUGAAUCAGGGCAAGAAUGUGGAGGCGUUGAAGUUUGUGUUGCAAAAUGCGCCGCUCGGCUGCAAGAAUCAGCAAAUCAAGGAUCAGGCGUUGAAUUUGACGUUGCGCGUCUUGCUGACGAUAAAAUCCACGCAAAUGGAUGCGGCAAUCAGUCAAUUGGAAACGGACUUGCUCGAUGUCUUGAUGAAGUACAUUUAUCGCGGCUUCGAGAUCCCGUCGGAGGGCAGUAGCGGUCAUUUGUUGCAGUGGCACGAAAAGGUCUUUGCCAAAACGGGAUACGGCUCCAUCACGAGAGUCUUGUGUGAUAGCUCAAGGGCGUAGGUGCCCCGUUUUUUUUCUUUUUCGAUCGGAUGCAGUCAUUCCCGAUUACUCUUCCUUUUUUUACGAUUUAUUUUUUUUUACUUACAAUGUCGCGCAAUUAACCAAAAUGAUCUACAUAACUAAUUAAUAUCCAAACACACACACACGUAUUAUAUGGAUCAAAUUA